AUGGAGAAGUUAAAAAGGACAAGGAUGACAUGUCGAGGGUGGGUGACAAGAGCUUCCAAGGUACUGAGUGACCUCCUGGAGUCCUCCACCACAACCAUUAGUCAAUUCGAGUACGCCAUCAAGGAAUACGACCAAAGACUAGCUAAGUUGGAUGAAGUCCAAGAAGCAAUAGAAAUUGAUAUAGCUGAAGAAGAACUAGAACAACUUUUGGAUGAAGCCCAUGAGUUUAGAACAAAAAGUGUGCAGCCUAGGAUACAAGCUGAAGACCAGAUAAGGAAGUUAGCAGCAGCAGCAGCAGCAGCGGGUCCUGGUUCUAUAAGUGGUCAGUCUUCAUCUCAAGAAUCAGAUGUCACCAACGUCAAGUUACCCAAGCUGGAACUGCCAAAGUUUAGUGGCGAAGUGACCCAAUGGCAGUCCUUCUGGGAUCAAUAUACUUCCCACAUCGAUGCAACAGACCUUCCAGCAUUGUUAAAUGGUCAGGUCAACAUUAAUGUCAGUGGACCAAAGGGUGUAGCACAGCUGUGGAAAUUACGAGAUGACAUUCUAAUACAUAUCCGCAGUUUGGAGGCGCUAGGCGUCACUGGUAAACAGUGUGAAGUGUUUCUUACACCUAUCAUCCUCUCUCGUUUGCCCAGUGAACUGCGGCUAGAGUGGGCCAGGGAUGGUGAUGGACAUGAAAGUGAUUUAGAUUGGUUAUUGACAUUCUUAGACAAGGAAAUUUCAAGAUUAGAAAGGUCUGAAGCCUUUAAGGGAAAGAGUAGUAGUGAGGAAAAGAAAAUUGAAAGUAAGAGUUCUAAAGACAAGGUGUACUCAGCCGCAGCCCUUCAUGCUUCGUCCAAGCAAGAAAACACUAUGUGCAGUUUCUGUGGCAAGAAACACAAAUCAGAAAACUGUUUUGGUGUUCUAGAAUUGAGUGGAAAAGAGCGAGGUGAAAAAAUUAGAAGUUUAGGCCUAUGUUUCAAGUGUUUGAAGAGUGGACACAUGUCAAGAGAGUGUAAAGCUCGUACAAGGUGUACAAAGUGUAACGUGCCCACUCUACCUUAA